AUGAACUUCUCAGCCGAGUCUCCCCUUGAAAAAACCGAGGUCACCAGAGAGAAGAUAUCGGCAUGGGCGGACAGUCAUGGGGCCAAGCAGGUGGACGUGUACGGGAAACCUUCAAACAGCCACCUUCAGGAGCUGGAGAGAGUCAGAAACUUAAGCAAGGAGCUCCAGAAUAAUCUGAAUGACUUAGAAAAUUCCGUCUGCAUACCGGAAGAAGAAAAACAAGCAAUGAAUCCGAUAGCACCCAUAUUGGAUUAUUCAGAACACCAUGAGUUCGUCUCAGCCAACCAAUUGGACGAUUACUACGCGAAGGAGGACGAGGCUGACGCAAGAGAAGAAGAACAGAGGAGAUUGACUAAGGGUAAAGCAGCUAAGACUGCGAUACAACGAUUCUAUAAGGAUCAGUGUGUGUUUUUGACUGGUGGUACCGGGUUUUUGGGAAAAGUUUUAAUAGAGAAACUCCUACGGUCAUGUGGUGAUUUGGACACAAUUUACGUUCUUGUACGACCAAAGAAGGGUAAAGAUCCACACUCCAGAUUGCACGAUAUGUUGGAUGAUUUCGUUUUCCACCGAGCUCACGAGGAGAAUCCAAAGGGCAUUCACAAAGUGGUUCCCGUCGUUGGUGAUAUGGAGGAACCUGGGCUAGGUUUGAGCAAUGAGGACAGGAAAAUGAUUACAUCACGGGUAACAAUAAUAAUAAACUCGGCGGCCACAGUAAAGUUCGACGAGAAGCUUUCAGUCGCGACGGGAAUCAACGUAAGAGGGACCAAGUCGGUGCUACAAUUGGCUAAAGAAUGCAAGCAUUUGAAGGCACUCACCCAUGUGUCUACAGCUUUUUCACAGACACACGUGAAGCACAUUGAAGAAAAAUUCUACGAGCCACCAAUGACCGUGGAAGCUUUGGAAGCGGUCGCGCAGUUAGAUGACUCUGUUAUUGAUCCAAUAUUGCCUACGCUCCUUGGGAACCGGCCAAACACAUACUGCUUCACGAAAGCCGUCGCUGAAGAGGCCGUCCGAAAGUAUGGAGAGGGCAUGCCUGUUGCCAUACUCAGACCAUCUAUUGUGAUCUCGACAUAUGAGGAGCCAGUACGAGGGUGGACGGACAGUGUGUACGGACCGACGGGACUAGUUGUCGGAAUAGGAACUGGGGUUCUACGUACAAUGUACAUGGAUUUGGACAAAUUGGCGGACAUGGUGCCGGUGGAUUUGACGGUGAACGCGAUCAUAGCCUCCACCUACCACACUGCUAAUAACUUUAAAGAGAAUCAAACAUCAGACAUACCAAUCUACAAUUUCGUAUCUGGUGCUCAGGCGCCCGUGACCUGGGGAGAGUUUAUUGAAGCAAAUAUACGACACGGAAUAAGUAAACCCACCACUAAGGCUGUAUGGUAUUAUGGACUUAAUCCGACGAAAAGUUACUACAUGUUUUUGUUCUACAAUUUCUUUUUACACUACUUACCUGCUUUGCUUAUCGACUCAUACUGCGCACUCACAGGCCGGAAACGGAACAUGCUGAAGUUCUACUCGAAGGUGAUAAAACUGGCACAUAUCCUCUUCUACUUUUCGACACAAGACUGGCGAUUCAGUGAUGAUAAUGUGAGGGAAAUGUGGCGCUCUCUGCCGACUUCCGAUAAAACUGUGUUUCCGUUCAAUAUGGCUGAUAUGUCCUGGGACUACAUGACUGAGACAUUUUUACUGGGACUUCGAGUGUAUCUAGUGAACGACGACCUUUCAACUCUACCGGAAGCAAGAAAAAAAUGGAACAGAUUGUACUACAUGCAUCAAUGUUUGAAGGUGAUAACUGUUUGCGUCGUAUUGUACAUCGCGUAUAGUUUAUUUAAUUUAAUUAGUUGGCUGGUAAUGGGAUGA